GACUCUUAUUUUGACACAAUUCUCACUGUUAUGCCAUUGCUACCCGACGUCACGUUUUUUUUCUUGGGGUAACUGGAAUGUCCCCUUCCUGCUGAAGAGAAUGCGGAAGCAAGAAUAGGACCAAAUGGGAAAGGGCAUUUUCAUCUCUUUCUAGUCACAGACCCGGGUGAAAUCCAACAUAUCUACAGCAUUGUAACUGUGGUCCUGCUACAUUCCACUCGCUGUUUACAAGCUAUCAUCAAUAGUAGAUAUCAAUAGGUGGUGGAAAUGGAGCGCGGAGACGCAUCGUCCACUAACGCAGACUGGAUGUCUCAACUGCCAGAGGAACUGUGGGCUACACCGCUUUGGGACCUGGCGAUACCCGGGAGUCAUGACAGCAUGAGUUACUGCCUGGAUACACACUCUCCUGUCUUGGGUUCUGAGUCGUUCAUGCUGCAGUUUCUGGAUCGACUGGCACCCUGCAUUGUACGCCCCUGUGUGUACCGCUGGGCCACCACACAGGCGUGGUGUAUUCCUGAUCAGUUGGAUGCUGGAAUCCGGUUCUUCGAUCUACGGAUCGCCCAUAAAAACAUUAAAAAUACACAAGACUUGCUAAAAACACACAACACAGAUGACACGCUGUACUUCGCACACGCGAUUUAUACGCUACAGACUGUAAAGGAGGCCCUGUCAACCAUGGCUGUGUGGUUGGAGCAGCACCAGAAGGAGGUAGUGAUCCUGUCCUGUUCCCACUUCUACCUGCUGACGGACUCUGAGCACCAGGCCCUGGUCUGCUACAUCACUAAGCUGUUUAAAGACAAACUCUGCCCCCCACAGGAGACUCCCUAUCUGAGCCAGUGCUGGGCUCUGGGGCAGCAGGUCAUCAUUUCGUACGACGAUGAGACGAUUCUUCACCAACACAAGGAACUAUGGCCUAAGAUCCCUUACUGGUACGCUGACUCGGCAGACCCCAAAGAGGUAAUUUCUUACCUGGAGGAGCAGAAGGCCCAAGGAAGAGCAGCUCAUUUCUUCACCUCUGGGCUGAACCUGACAGAGGACACUGCUGUGGUGGUCUGCAACCCCUGUCUGACGAUGAGGAAGUUAACGAUGAAGAGUUUCUCCCUGCUGCUGGACUGGGUGGAGAAGCAGACUCCUGGACCGAACCAGACCGCUGUCAACAUCAUCUGUGGAGACUUUGUGGGUCUGAACCACUUUGCCUCUGUGGUUAUCGGGCUCAAUAAGAAACUGCUGAAGACAGAGAGCCACAGAUGACUCACAGGGGAUGGAAUGAGACCGACAGAUAAACAUGCACAGAAUCCCAAAUGGCUUCUAGCUGCUUCUCCCUAUGCAGUUGUGGAGAUCUGAGAGGUUUGGUUAGGUGUAAUCAACAUGGUACUCUGAUACACUAGAUCAGGGGUGUCAAACUCAUUCCAUGGAGGGCCUAGUGUCUGUGGGUUUUUUGGUUUUUCCUUUCAUUUAGGCCUAGACAACCAGGUGAGGAGUUCCUUACUAAUUUGGGAGGGGCAAAAACCCACAGACACUCGGCCCUCCGUGGAAUGAGUUUGACACGUGCACUACUAG